GUUUGCAAGCAUCUCAUAAAAUCAAGUUAUUUACUGUUUCUUAUUGUUUGAGAACUUUUAAUUUUUUUAAUCUAUGUAAAAAUUUAGUAUUGUAGUAUGUCUUGCCAAUCGUUAUUUUUCAAGAAAAUUUGGAUAACUUGUUUCUUGACAUUUAAACUAUACUAAGUAUCAAAAACAAAAAAGGAAAAGGAAAAAGAAAAAAUUCUUAAGGGUGUGGCAAGUACACGUUUGAUCUGAUUGUUUUUUGUUUCUCUAAAAAUCUGCUUUGUUUCAUCAUUGGAAAGCGUUUAAAACCCGCGUUGAGCAAUUGAUAAUUAUUAUGAGUGUGCAACCUAGCUCCCUUGCAGCAAUUUCAUGUACUAUAUUUGAAGACUUGCUUCGGGAUUACACUCAUGAAUUAACUCAAAAGAUUCAUAGGAUGAGUAAACUUGCCUUACAAAAAUGUGAGAGAUGUAAUACCUAUUGUCGACAGCAUUGUACCAAGCCAGGCUUCGAUAUUUAUGCAAACAAUGUCCAAACACCGUCUAGUAUACCUUACUAUCAAUGUCUUUCUUGUCGGCGUGAAAUAGCUGCUUCUCGAUAUGCGGCACAUAUGGAGAAAUGCAAAGGUCGCUCGCUUUCAUCGGCUACGUCUUAUGCUAGUCUUCUUGAAGGAGACAGUGCCAAUGAUGAUGAAUAAAUGAACUUUUAUGAUGAAAAUGACUACUGUUACUAGUUGAUGUAAAGUACGACCGCUUUAGACACAAGAAAGGCGAAAGAAGAAGACGUAACAGUUAUAAGAUUUUGUAUGCCUAGUUGUUCUUACGUUCAAUAAGUUUCUUUGUCUUGUGCAUAAAACUCUUGUGAAUAUUUGUUUCACCAAUGAAUCAAAAGGUUAAAGACCAAAAUGUUAAUGAUGAAAACCGACAGUUUUUUAUUAAAUUGGACUAGCAAUAAUUAAGAAACAUAAAAAAGAAAAAGGAAGAAAGAAGAGAGUGAAGAAGGUAACUAACGUAGUUUGAAUCUAUAGGAAUUUUGUC